AUGGCCAUGUGGAGGACAACCGGAGCUCUACUGCUAAUCCUACAAGCUGUGUUGGGCCAGAGCAGCAUCCGAUGGUGCACCAUCUCAGAGUCAGAGCAAAGGAAAUGUCAGGCCAUGUCGCAGUCUUUCGCCAGCGUCUCCAUCCGUCCAUCGCUCAGCUGUGUGAACGGUGUGACAGUCGAGGGCUGCGUUCAGAAACUACAGAAAAAAGAAGCAGAUGCCUUGUCCAUGUCCGGCACUGACAUCUACAACCUGGGAAAGACGGCUUCCUUCAAGAUGGCUGGCAGUGAAACAAAAGUUGAUGAUACUGGUGCUUCCUACUAUGCAGUUGCUGUGGUGAAGAAAGCAAAUUCUGGCAUCAACAUCAACAACCUGGCAGGAAAAAAGAGCUGCCACACUGGUAAAGGCCGAACAGCUGGCUGGAAUAUGCCUUUAGGAUAUCUCAUAGACCAGGGCUACAUGUCUGUGGUGGGCUGCAACAUCCCCCAGGGUGUGGCACAUUUCUUCAAUGCCAGCUGUAUCCCCGGAGCAAACGAGGUGGGUGACCCCGCAUCUCUGUGCGAGCUGUGCAUCGGAGAUGAGUCUAACCAGCACAAAUGUGAGAUGAGCAACAAAGAGAGAUACUUCAGCUACGAAGGAGCGUUCAGGUGUCUGGCUGAGGAUGCAGGAGAGGUGGCCUUCAUCAAACACACAACUGUCGGGGAUUACACUGAUGGUGGUGGUCCAACGUGGGCAAACGGACUGGUGUCAUCGGACUAUGAGCUGUUGUGUCGUGACGGCACCAAAGCUCCUGUCUCUCAGUGGAGAACAUGCCAUCUGGUUCGCGUCCCAUUCCGUGGGAUUGUUGUCGGCAAUGACAUCACUCCUUCUGUGGUGUUCAGCAUGCUGAAGGAGGGCCUGGAAAAGUCUGGCUUCAACAUGUUUUCAUCAACGGCAUAUGGUGAAGGAACUCUGCUCUUCUCUGAGUCAACCACCAAUUUUCAUGGGGCCGAGUCAGACGACCCCACAAAGUGGAUGGGUCACGUCUAUAAUAAUGCUCUGAGAGCCAUGGACUGCAAACGCGAAGAUGUGCUGCGGUGGUGUGUGUUGUCCAGCAGUGAGCAGCAGAAGUGUGCUGACAUGAGCAUGCACUUCCAAAGUAAAGGUCUGACUCCAGACAUCAAGUGUGUCCACGGGGACUCUGUGACUGACUGCAUGAAGAAAAUCAAGAACAACGAGGCUGAUGCCAUCACUCUGGAUGGAGGUUACAUCUACUCAGCAGGCAAAGAGUACGGCUUGGUCCCGGCUACCGGCGAGAGCUACACCGAGGACCGUGAUGGUUCUAUGUACUAUGCAGUCGCGGUGGUGAAGAAGAGCAGUCUCGACAUCCGUAACCUCGACAACCUGCGUGACCGUCGCUCUUGUCACACCGGAUACGGUCGCACUGCUGGCUGGAACGUUCCCGUGGCAACGCUGAUUGAGAAAGGCCUGAUCAGCCCUCAGCAAUGUCAGAUACCUCAAGCGGUGGGAGGGUUCUUCAAGCAGAGCUGCGUACCAGGUGCCAACCAGCCUGGUUUCCCCGACAACCUGUGUGGUGUUUGUGUGGGCGACAGCUCAGGACAGAACAAAUGUGAGAAGGGAAAAGACCUGUAUGAUGGAUACGACGGUGCCUUCAGGUGUCUUGCAAAAGGAGAUGGAGAUGUGGCUUUCGUAAAACAUUCAACUGUAAUCCAAAACACUGACGGGAACUCCGUUGAAUCAUGGGCAGUGGAUCUCCGGUCUACAGACUUCCAGCUGCUGUGUUCUCAGGACACUAAAGCAGAGGUCGACCAGUACAGAUACUGCAACCUGGCUAGAGUCCCCUCCCACGCUGUAAUGGUACGGGCCGACACCAACAUCCACGCUAUCUAUGGACUCCUGGACCGCGCACAGACAUAUUUCGGCAAUGAUGCAGGUUCUGCAUUCAAGAUGUUUGACUCCCAGAGCUACGAGGGCACAGAUCUCAUUUUCAAAGACUCCACUGUGCGCCUCGUGGGCGUUGCUGACAGAAAGACCUACCAGGAGUGGCUGGGCCAGACCUACUUGGACUCACUGGUCGAUAUGGAGUGUAACUCAUCGAGUGCAGUGAUGUCCACGGUGUGGCUGCUGCUGUUGGUCCCGUUCAGCUUCAUGCUCACCAACCUCUGGAUGUAA